UCACAGUUUUUUUUUUUUUUUUGGGGAAAUUAUCCGUUUUGUGAGUGGUUGGUGAUUCCGAAUGCUGUACGAAUUCAGYGUGAAUCAUUUAGGAGCUGAAAGGACAACAUGUUAAGUCAGCAAGACGGUGGUGAGACCGAAGGUGGUGAGACAGAAGGUGGGGAGACAGCUGCGAACAGAGAGGACUGGCAGCUGUCACCACAGGAAACAGCAGAGCCAAAAGAGACACCGUGUCGCCAUGUUGACGCCCUCCUGCACAUCAGUGAGGAGAACUUCAUGAAAGAGCUGGAGCCGCAUGAGUAUCAAGGUUACUCUGGUUGGGAAGAUGCUGUAUGUGGUUGGACCAGAGUUGCUCCACUGAGCUGCCUCCUCGUGACUAAGAUGAACCACAGGCAACCAAAGCAUAAGGAGGUGGAAAAUCCGAGCCCUUUGUGUGUGGACUCAAUGGGUCCCAAAGCUGACAGCUCAGCCAGCAUUGCAGAGCAGCACAGGGAGUCUCAUAAUGGCCUGUGUACGUGUAAGAAAUCUGUGUUAGCAAAUAAGCAAAAAGACACUUGGGGUCCAACGGAAUGGCCUGUCCUGAAUGCCAUGCAGGAAGACGAGACACAUUUCCUUCUUAAGGAAAAAACAGUGGAGAGGCCAUUUAAAAACACACCUCUGAGGCCUUGCCAUCCGUCUUCACAACACUCUGUGCCAGAAAACAGACACACUAAGCCCCAGACGCACAGCCACAAGUCCAGUAAUGAAGUGGUUCCCAUUAAGAAACUCACAUCUUUACCACCUCUCCAACCACCACAGAUCAAUCCCAAGAGCAGCUGCCAUGUCUGCAGAAGCAAGAAGGCUCUAGAUGGAGAAAACCUUGACUGGAAAAGUGCAGCCAGGUGGACAGGAGGGAACAUUGUUGCAAACCAAGAUCCUUCCAUCCACUCUGCAGCCCUGACCCCUAAAUACCAUACGUGUCAACACAACCCUCAUUUGUUCUCGGCUCUAAGUGUUUCUCUCCCCAAGAAGAACCAAUUACUUAGGUCUCUGCCUGACACAGUGCACCCCACGAGGUAUUCAUUGRACAAGAGCAUCUCACAAGCUGUGGUGCAACCGCGUAUGCCUUCCAGGUGUCUCUUCUCCUGAGCACAAGACUGYAUGUGCUAUGAAGCCAUGCAGCCCUUUGGAUAAAUGUUCAUCAUGAACAAAGACGACAUUCAAUAAAUUCAGCUUUCAGCAUUUCA